AUGGCGUCCACUGCUCUUGCCAGCGCCGCUCGCGGGCGACGCAACGCCAAAGCUGACGGGUUCCAGUGGGACAACCCCGGCGAAGAGCCAGUUUCCCCGAGCUCCCCCUCUCGCCGCCCUUCGUUCCUCCGCCUUUCCACCACCUCGACGAUCCUCCUCCUCUCCGCGAUCUUCGUCGCCGCUCUCCUUUUCAUCGGCUUCCGUAAUUUCCGCGUCGAGGCCCCCGCGCCGCGCUCCAGCGCGUCGUUAGGCUCCUUAGACGGCGAUUACGGAACCGGCGACGAUGACGGUUACGGCACAACCAACGCGGCAGGUUCCACGUGGCCGACCGGCAGCAAGUCGUCAAAACUGACGGCCACCGGAACGGGGGUUUCAGGAUCGUUCGGGUCUACCGGCUUGACGGAAAACGUCGGAAAAAAAACGUCGUGGGACGAAAUGUCGGAGGAUGAGGAUGACUUAGGAACCACCACUGGCUCUAGCUGGCUGAGCAGGAGUAGCUCCGCAAUCGGCGGCGGGUUUGGCGGCGGACUUGGCGCUUCGUCGAGCUGGAAGAAGGGGGUUGCAGGCAGGGGAAGCAGCGGGAACUCGUGGGGUGGCGGUGGCGCGGAUACGAUGGAUGAUGACGUGGACACGUUCUCGAGCAGCGCGAAAACCGCGGGAAGGUUUGGCGGCGGCGCGAUGGGCGAUUUGGGUAUGGGAGACGAUGAUGACGAUGGGGGUGCGUUGUAUCCGAAAGAGAAAGGCAGAGCGAGGCCAGGAGACCGGGAGACCGGGAGGGGUAUGGAGCUCGAAGGGUAUUCUAAAAGCACUGCUGCUGGUUUUGGGAAAGGCACGGCGGGGUAUGGUAAAGGGACAACAGGGUAUGGUAAGAGCGGACGAGGCGGAAUCGCUUCGACGCGGAAAGGCGGUCGUGGUGAUGAUGACGAUGACGCGGAUGAGGAGGAGGAUGACGUGGACGAGGAGGAUGCUAGGAGCAGCAGAAAGAAGGGGAGGAAGGGGAAGAAAGCGAAGAGGAGUAAGAAGAAGAUCGGGAAAAAGACUAAAACGAGGGGAAAGACCAAGAAGACAACCAAGCGCAAAUCACGCAAAUACGGUAAAAAGAGCGGCGGCAAUAGCGGCGAUUCGGACUGGGAAGACGACGAGAGGCCGUUCAGUCCCCUGGGAAAAUGGGGACGGAAGAAGAAGAGCCGACGGAGCAAGGCAGCAGAGGAAGAGGAGGAAGACGACGACGAUGACAGGGGCAGCAGCAGCAGAUAUGGCAGUUCAGGUGGUUCUGGUUACUCGAAGAAGCGGUCUCGGGGAGUGGGGGGCUACAACGGGGACGCAGAUACCUCCGCGUCGUACAGACAGGGCGCGGAUCGCAUGGGGGGAAGCCGCGGGGAGCGCGGAGGGCGCGGUGGGCGCGGGUUUGACAAGGGGGGAGGUGACCCGCUGGACCAGGCUUGGGAUGACCUGGGGGGCGGACGAGGAGGGCGGGGAGGGCGCGGGUUUGGCCGGGGAGAAGAUGACGCGGAGACGGAGAUGGGGGGAGGCGGAGGCGUGGGCGCGCGGCAGCAGCGGCAGGCGAGCGGACGAGGGGGAUACGGUGGGAAAUUAGGACAGCGGAGUGCUGACGUGGAUGACUACGGCGACGGCGGGAGGACCACAAGUGGCAGCAAGUGGGCGCGAGGGGGGGGCGCGGACAGUGACGCGGAGGACACGUGGCAAAGCGGAGGCAGGGGCGGGGGAAGGGGAGGGUGGGCGGGGGGAGCGGCGCAGCAGCAGCAGCAGCAGCCGCGGGGGAUGGGGUGGGGAGGGGCAGAUGCGGGGAGCAACAGACUAGGAGGCAAUGGGGGCGUGGGAGGGAUGGGCAGGAUGGGAGCGGGAGCUGGGGGAGGGAGAGGAACAGGUGGGAUGACUGGGGUGAAUGACAAUGAUGAGGAUGCUUACAGCGGAGCAGGGGGAGGAGCAGCAGGGGGGGUAGCGGGGGGAGUAGCAGAGGGAGCUGCAGGGGGAGGCAGGGGGUUUCGGGGAGGCGUGGGGGGAGCAGCAGCUGCGUUUGGGGGAAGAGGCCAGAGCAGUGCUGGUGGCUUUGUGGGGGAGAGUCGAGGGGGUGCAAGGGGAGGAAGGGGAGGAAUGGGAGGUGGCUUUGGAGGGGGGUUGGGGCAAGGAGCGGAUUUAGAAGGGGAGGAUGACAUGGGUAUGGGUACAGGCGCUGCUGCUGGGGGUGGUGCAGGCAGCACUAUGGGUAACAUGGGCGGAAUGGGCGCAGGGGGACUUCCUGCAAGGGGGAGAAGCAGGCUAGGGGCCACGAGGGCUGGGUUUGGCGGAAUGGGAAGCAUGGGGGGCGUGGGGGGAGUGGGGGGAGUGGGAAUGAUGGGAGGGAGUGCAGGCAUGGGUGCAGGGAUGGUGGGAGGGGCUGAAACGGAUGAGGACUAUGGACAGAGUGGUGGAGGUGGGUUGGGAGGAGUGGCAAGGGGAACUGCAGGGGCAACAGCAGCAACCCGAGGGGCAUUCCGGGGUGCUGCAGGGGCAGCAGCGGCAGGAAGAAUGGGCGCAGGCGGAAUGGGCGCUGGGGGGCUGGGUGGGGAAGAUGAGAUGGGUGGGGCAGAUGAGGAGGGAGGGAUGGCAGGCACGGUUGUUGCUGGGGGGGGCGGGGUGAGGGGUGGGAGGAUGGCUGGUGGUAUGGUUGGCGGUAUGGCUGGUGGCGUGGGCGGUGGUGUGGCUGGCCGUUUGGGAGGCAGGUCUGGGAGCCUCUGGCAGCAGCAGCAGACGCAGCAGCAGCAGAGGGGGCAGGCAGGUGGAGUGGGAGGAGGGGGGAUGUUCGGAGGGAGAGCAGGUCAGCAGCAGCAAGGUGUGGAUGGGGUUGAUGAUUACUCUGCUGGCGCUGCUGCUGCUGCUGGUGCUGCUGGCGCUGGUGGCGUUGGUGGCGCUGGUCGUCUUGCUGGUGCAGCUGCUGCCACAGAUGAUUACAGCGAAGGGGUAGCAGCUGAUUCCGGCACUGGCUUGAGCGGCACCACCAGCAGCAGCAGUGGCGCGAGUGGGGUGUUUGGAGCAAGAAGCAGAGCCGGAAGCAGCAGCUCUGGCACCGCCAGCAGCAGCAUCAGCAGGCGAGGCGGUGUGACAACAGCAGAUCCGUACGGGGAGGAGGGGGAGGGCACAGGCGGAAAGGCAACAGGAGACGCCUCAGCAGGGGAUGCUUUAGGCAUGGACGGUGGGGGUGGCGUGGAAAGUAUGGGCGAUGCAGAGAGUGAGGGGUUGGGAGAGGAGGUGGAUGAGGAUGGAGGAGUGGGGUCCGGAAAGGCUGUGGUUGGGUCCAAGGCAGGGAAGAGCGAGGGGGGGGAUAGCUCCUCCUCUUCCUCUUCCACUUCCUCUGGUGGAGGUGGUGGUCUGUUUGGCUUUGUCUCUCGCAUGUUCGGUGGCGGUGGGAGCACUAAAGCGGCCGGAAAGGCGGCAGAAGAUGGGGCAGGGGAGGGGGAAGAGGUGGAGGGAUUUGAGGCGGGGAAGAGCACGGCUCAGUCAGCAGUGGAAGAUGCACUGAGAAGCACUGAGGCGGAGGGCGUAACUGGGGGAGGCUUAUCCAGGAGCAGGUUCGGCAGCAACAGUGGAGGGAAGGGUGGGGAGGAUGACUAUGGGUCAUCUUCUGCUGCUUCUAGUAAUGCUGAUGCUGGUGAUGGUGACGGUGCUGAUGCUGAUGCUGGUGAUGGUGAUGAUGCUGAUGCGGACGUUGCAGUGGCGACAGCAAAAGGUUUCAACAAACCCCGGUUUGCCCGGGGUGCUGCUGGUGCUGCUGCUGGUUCUGGUGCUGCUGGUAUGGGAGGAUUGGGUGAGGAUGAUGAUGAUUCAGAAGCUGCCACUACGCUUGGUGUUCCAACUGGGGGUAACAGCGCUGAUGCUACAGACUCUCCUGAUGCUUCUGAUGUGGACGAUUCUGAUUCGCCUGCUGCAGCUGGGCUUGGUGCUGCUAGUGCCUUUGGAGGGUCAGGAGGAGCAGGGAAGGCCAGCCGGCUCAGUGGGAGAUUCAGUGGGCGGUUGAGCGGUGCAAGUGGUGUGACAGGGAAAGCUGGUAGGCUGAAUGCGAGAGGAACAGGAGGGAAAUCAGGUGCAUUUGGAUUUGACCCAUUGGGAUUGGAGGGAUCUGAAUCAGCUGCUGGGGGAGUUGGUGGUGGUGGUGGUGAUGGGGGACUGGGAGGGGAGGGUGGUGAUGAGGAUGGGACUGGAGAAGGGAUGACGACCAUCCGGGCUACUAAGAAUGCGUUUUGGGGUAAAAGGCGGGCGAAUGUGGGUAGUGGUACGAGCUUGGGGUCAACCCCGGGUGUGGGGCUCGGAGGAACUGGUCGGGCUGGCCGGGCAAGAAAGACAAGAGUGGGAGGGAUGGCAUCACUAGGAAGAGCACAGGUGAAGGCCCAACAAGAUGAUGAUGACGAGCUGUCGCUUUGA